CAUCGUUAUCUUGUUUACUAAACCUGCAAAACCCCAUAAAAUAAAACACCCACUAAAACACUAACAUUAUAUGUACUGAAUGGCUCUUCUUAAACCCCUUCAUUAUUCAUCUUUUUAUUACAGGUUAAUCAUGUCUUCUUCAAGAUUCUUGAUACCCAUUACUAGUCUCUCUGUUUCACCUUCCCCACCCUCUCUUUUCUUAAAACCCAGGUCAAGUUUGGGAGUGAGGACACUAUCUACAAACAGGGUUUUAGUUCCAAGGGUAUUUAUGUCAACUUCAGCUUCUUCUUCUUCUUCAAGUUCUGUUGCUGAAGUUACUAGAAAGAAAGAUGGGCCAGACCAUUAUGGGUCUGAAAAUAUUCAGAUAUUGGAAGGUUUAGAUGCCGUGAGGAAAAGACCAGGCAUGUACAUUGGAAGUACGGGUUUUCGUGGUCUGCAUCAUCUGGUUUAUGAAAUAUUGGACAAUUGUGUUGACGAGGCCCAAGCUGGAUUUGCUUCAAAGGUCGAUAUCAUUUUACAUGCAGAUGGUUCCGUGUGCAUAGCUGAUAAUGGACGUGGGAUUCCAAUUGACUUGCACCCAGGCUCAAAAAAAUCAGGAGUGGAGACCGUCUUGACUGUUUUGCAUGCCGGUGGGAAAUUCGGCGGGGACAGUAGUGGUUAUAAGGUCUCAGGUGGACUACAUGGCGUGGGUUUGUCUGUAGUUAAUGCAUUGUCUGAGGCAUUAGAAGUUACUGUUUGGAGAGAUGGUAAAGAGUGCCAUCAAAGCUAUACACGUGGAAAGCCUCAUAAACCUUUAGACUGUAAAGACCUUCCAGCUGAAUCACGUGAUCGCACAGGGACAUGCAUAAAGUUUUCGCCUGAUGCACAGAUAUUCACAUCUGGAAUGGAGUUCGAUUAUGAUACUAUUGCUGCACGAGUCCGGGAGCGAGCUUUUCUAGUCCCUGGGUUGAUAAUUACUAUAAAGAAAGAAGAUACAGACCCUGAGAAGAACCGAUUUGAUGAGUAUUGCUUUGCCGGGGGGCUGGUUGAGUAUGUAAAGUGGCUAAAUGCUGAUAAGCAACCGCUUCAUGAUAUCUUGAACUUUCGAAAGGAAUCUGAUGGGAUCACCAUCGAUGUAGCUUUUCAAUGGUGUUCGGAUGCCUAUUCCGAUACAAUGCUGGGGUAUGCUAAUAGCAUACGCACAGUUGAUGGUGGGACUCACAUUGAUGGUCUCAAAGCUUCACUAACCAGGACACUCAACAAUCUUGGAAAGAAGUCCAAAAUUAUCAAGGAAAAGGAUAUCAGCUUAAGUGGCGAGCAUGUGAGGGAGGGACUCACUUGUGUGAUAUCGGUCAAACUUCCAAAUCCGGAGUUUGAGGGUCAAACAAAGACACGUUUGGGAAAUCCAGAAGUUAGGAAGCUGGUUGAUAACUCGCUCCAAGAGUACCUCACCGAAUACUUAGAGUUGAAUCCUGAUGUUCUUGAUUCAAUUCUCUCCAAGUCCCUCAAUGCUUUAAAGGCGGCUUUAGCAGCCAAGAGGGCGCGUGAAUUGGAGAGACAAAAGAGUGUUCUGAAGGUGUCAUCUCUUCCAGGAAAGCUUGCUGAUUGUUCAGCCACAGAUCCUGAAGUAGCUGAGAUUUUUAUCGUUGAAGGAGAUUCAGCAGGUGGAAGUGCUAAACAGGGUCGUGACAAGAACUUCCAGGCUAUUCUUCCUUUAAAGGGUAAAAUUUUGAACGUUGAAAGAAAGGAUGAAGCUGCGAUGUACAAGAAUGAAGAGAUUCAAAAUUUAAUUCGUGCACUUGGUCUUGGAGUGAAGGGAGAGGAUUUCAAAAAAGAUAGUCUACGAUACCAUAAGAUUAUAAUUUUAACUGAUGCCGAUGUUGAUGGUGCUCAUAUUCGUACAUUAUUGUUAACAUUUUUCUAUAGAUAUCAGAGAGCUUUAUUUGAUGAAGGUUGCAUAUACGUUGGUGUGCCACCCCUAUACAAGGUUUCUAGGGGGAAGCAGUCAUUCUACUGUUAUGACGAAGCAGAACUUAAAAAACUUCAGAGUUCAUUUCCUUCACAUAUAAUACCUACUAUUCAGAGGUUCAAAGGUUUAGGAGAAAUGAUGCCGUUACAGUUAUGGGAAACUACCUUAGAUCCUAAGACCAGGCUAUUGAAGAAACUUGUGGUUGAGGAUGCGGCAGAAGCAAAUGUUACAUUUUCGUCACUUAUGGGCGCAAGGGUGGACAUACGCAAGGAGAUGAUACAAACCACUGCAAGGAAGAUGGAUUUGAAGCAUCUUGAUAUAUGAAGUUUUCUACCCGAGAAUAUGGAGUAGGCGGAACAAUAUUAUUUCUGAAGUUGUAUGGGAAUACAGCCCGACAACUAGCUACUUCUUAGAGGCGACCAAGUUCAUUUGUCGGACCUAUAUGCAUACCUUCCCCAAUGAAACUAACUUGCUAACUUUUGUCGAUUUGAAGACAUCAAUUUUGCAAUGGUGGUGAGUGCAAGUAUUUAAGUCCUUUGUGCCUUUGAAAACAUAAAAUGUAAUGGGGCUACGAAAACAUAUAUUUAGCAGAGUUGACCGUAUGUAGAGCAAGUAAACGUACGUUUACUUUUUCUGGAAAACGAACGAAAGCAACAUCAAUGUUUGCUCAUCUUCUAUAUAGACUUGCAAUGAGCAUGUUGAGAUCAUUAAAAUAUCUUCAGUUUUUAUA